AACCCAAUAGUGCAAAUGACGCAGAAGAAAACCGCUGUCAUGCUUGCGUUAUGUACUGGUAUUUUGUUUUUAAAUAACAGAUAUAUGCAAAACACUUAGCUAAUUGAUUCUUGAAUACAUACAAUUUAACGUUGACUGAACUUUGAGGUGAUACAUUUUAAGCAAUAUUACUUAUUAGCUUGUUGUGUUUCUGUCACUGGUUCCAAGAAGAAACGGAUAAAGCUCGGGCAAACAGAAGAAGGCGAAAAAACUUGAAAUUCAUCCGAGUGCAACGUAGCAAUGCUCUCCAAGUACGAAAAAGAGCUUCUUGUAAUAAUUUGGGAAAAGGUGUCUGUGCAUGCUGAAGACAUUGGAGCUGAAUCCCUUUUAAGAAUGUUCACUUGCUUUCCGAAAACCAAGACGUAUUUCGCCCACUUGAACAUCGGUCCUGGGUCUGCACAUCUUCGUUCCCAUGGUAAGAAGAUAAUACUGGCGAUAACGGAGGGGGCCAAGAACAUCAGCAGUCUGACCACCACCCUGGCGCCCCUCAGCACGCUACACGCCUACCAGCUAAGGAUACAUCCCACUAAUUUCAAGCUCUUGUCCCACUGUAUCCUGGUCACACUGGGCAACCGGAUGGCUGAUGAGUUCACGCCCGUAGCACAUGCUGCCCUAGAUAAGUUCCUCUCGGCUUUCUCAGCCGUGCUCGCUGAGAAAUACAGAUAAGAAGUCUUAUAGCAGCCUGAACACUGAAUUUGCACUGCCUUUCGUGUACAUGUUUUGUAUAAAAUUGUUUCAAGCAUAUCUCUGAAUUUUUGUUUAAUGUGAGUCGACCCCGUGAAUUUUCGAAUAAAAACAUAAAAAUCA